AUGUCAGAACCGCGCCCCUCGCUCAAACUCACCUUCGGCAAGAAGAAACAGCCAGAGGAAACGCCAUCCCAACCAACGCCUCCGCCUCCUCAACCAACAUCAGAGACACCUCAGCGAAAGAUCACGCUAAAGAUAGCGCGCAAGCCGACUGAAGAUGAAGCCGACGCGAAGCCCAAAAAGAAGAAACCGUCAUCCUCCAAGAAACGUCCGGCAGAUGAGCCUGCCCUCAAGGAACCCUCGGCAGCCGCGCCGCCAUCCCAACCAACAGGUCCCAAACGAUUGAAGUUGAACGCAUCGAAGAAACCCGGCGUGCAGUCUAUCCGAAUCAAGAACAAGGGCCUGGUCCCUAAUCGCCCUGUUGGCGUUGGCUACGACUCGGAGGCGUCAGACACAGAAAUCGACCCUGCGAUCGAAGAACAGUUCAUUCUACGCAUGCUCCCGGGUGAAGAUUGUGAUUAUCUUCGCAACGCCAUCGAGAAUAGGCUCUUCAACAAAUCGGAAUUCUCGUUCAAACCGCUGACCCGCGAAGGGCGACGCGCAAUUUUCAGGGUCCGCGACAAGCAGUAUGCGGCCGCACUGGUGGACCUACCCUGUAUCAUCGAGGGCAUGAAGAGCUGGGACCGGCGGGGAUGGUACAAAUCGGCCGAUAUUUGUCAGAUGCUUCUCGUUUUAGGACCGGUUUCCAACGAGCGGGAGGCUCUCGAGUACCCUCUCCCUUCCGAAGUCGAAUACCUGGAUGACAAGACUUUGCGGUAUGCCCACGGCUUGACGCCUCCGCUACGAUGGGUGAGAAAGCGACGGUUUCGCGAACGCAUCAGCCACCGAACGAUCGAGCAAGUUGAAAAAGCUGUCGAGGAUCUUGUUGCGCAGGAUGAGGCAUCUCUAGGUCCGCCGCGCUAUGAGUUGAUUGACCGUGCAGCGCUGAACCGGGCCGAAGGUCUUGUGCAGACCGGUGAAUACGGAGAGGAAGAAGAAGAGUAUGACGACGAGCAGGAUGCCGAGGGUGAACUGGAGGCCGUGGAUGAGAUGUUUGAAGACUUUGAGGACAGUCUCGCCGCCGAAAUGGAGGCAGCGCUGGCUGCUGGAGUAGAUGGCGAAGCCACAGAGAACGCAGCAGCCCCGGCUCCUGUGGAUUCUGGGGUUUACCAAGCUGGCACGCCUACCGCGACGAAACCCUCGACUCCUGCCGCCGACACUUCCGGCGACGAGAGUGAUGAUUCUGAGGGAGAAGAGCGCCGAGAAGCCGAAGAGGAUCUCGAUGAUGAGCAGUUAGAGCAGCAGCGCCAAAUGCAGCAACAGCGAGAAGAGAUUGCGGAACUGGAGGCGCUGAUCCGGGCCGAAACUGGACGGUGGGAGAAGAUGCAGAACCGCAUUCUGAAGAACAAGUUGGCCGAACGGAUUCAGCAUCUGCGACGCGAUUUAUCUCUGAAAAAGGUGUCCAUCGGCGAGGGAGACGAUGCCGAUGUUUAA